AGUAUAGUCAUUUGUGUCCCACUCGCACGAAGAUCACAAAAUCCGUUGAUGGCCCCUCAAGGCUUGUGGAACAUUCGGCGCCUCCAACAUUGUCAUACCUGCAUUUACGGACGUGUGAAAUCCUAUUCAUGAAGCUGAAGCUCACCGUAAUUGUGGUGUCGAUGUUGUAGUGCAUAGUCGUUACGAUUUAGGGGAAUUAAUAGGGUGAGUUUCCAAAUGUUCUCAACGCCGCUUAGGAAGCAUGUUUGACUUUUGGAAUAAGGCCAUGCACAACUCUGUCUGGAGGCCUGUCCCUGUCCGAAUUCUAUCACACAUCUUGCUAACGGGGAGAGAUAAGUUAUCGACUCACCUGUAAUACACAUAGCCCUCAAUAAAUUGAACAUUUGAAGCGGAGUCUGAUAAACCGCAUCAUCUGAAUCCGACAAGUUCAAACCCACGAGAAACCAUGGCACGCUUCGUGGGCAAGACGGCAGUAGUCACAGGCGCAGCCUCGGGCAUGGGUAAAGAGGUAGCUGAGCAGCUCGCCGCCGAAGGGGCGCGUGUAAUGGCCCUCGACCUCGUCUUCCCGGAACAGUCAAGCUCCAACACCUCCCCAUCCCCAUCCAUCCUGCAACGCAAGCACGACGUGACAAAACCGGAGGACUGGGACGGCUUAGUGGCUUACCUGGCCCACGGAGGCGUCGACAUCCUCGUGAACGCUGCCGGCGUAAUGGACUACGCGCUGCUUCACGAGACGGAAUUCAGCAGCUGGCGGCACACGCUCGACGUCGACCUCGACGGCGUGAUGCUCGGCAUGCGCGCUGUCAUCCCGCUCAUGAAAUCCCGCGGCGGCGGUUCCAUCGUCAACUUCUCCUCGGCCCUCGCGACCAUCGCCUUCGCUGGAUCACCGGGCUACCACGCCGCCAAGGCUGCCGUCAUGCAUCUCACGCGCAACGCGGCCGUGACGUACGCGGCGGACAAAAUCCGCGUCAACGCUGUUCUCCCGGGUAUCAUCGACACCCCGAUGGUGAGGAAGCAGCCUGACGAGUACAAUGCUGCUGCUGUCGCGCGCACACCGCUAGGACGCAUGGGGACGGCGAGGGAGAUUGCUAAGUGUGUCUUGUUCAUCGCUAGCGAGGAUGCGGCGUACAUGACUGGGUCUGCGGUUACUAUCGACGGGGGGCUUUCGGCGAUGUAGGUGGAUUGGGCUGUUAUGCUGGACGGCAAUUCCAUGUGUUUGUUGUAAUGCACGCGCUGUCUUCAAGGGGUGAACGCGGAAUGCUAUCGUUUCAUUUAAUAACUACAUGAAUACUGCCCUGUUGUUGAUGAUAUGGUAACAAUGUCCAACAGACUGGCUACCUUGCACUGAUGACAAACUGAAGAACCCUAAGCCUCGACUAGGUAUCACUCUUAAUAUUUCGGUUUACAAACGACGAGACUUCAAUAAAGCGGAUUGUCCCAUAUCAUACUCCCGCUACAGCAAGCUGUAAUUUCUUGAAGGCUAUAGAAGAAAUGUUAACGCCAAUGCCAUUUGACAGGUAGGUACCUCCUUGAAUAACUCCAUAACUAUGCAUCGGCUACAUAACAGAAGAGGGGAAAUGGUACGCUAAGUAACUAAAGCCUGAGUCCAACCUAGGGGGUAGACAUUCCUAAU